GCGUGCGGCCGCGGAUGGGGGCGGGGUGAGGCGCAGCGGGCGGAUCCUGCGCCUGCCCGUCCCAUCGGCCCCGCCCCACGCCCGCGGCCGCCAUGAUCUGCCUGGUGCUUACCAUCUUCGCUCAGCUUUUCCCCGCCGCCUGUGGCGGCGUGCAUGAGCGCACCCUUUUGGCCGUCAAGCCGGACGGGGUGCAGCGGCGGCUGGUGGGCGAGAUUGUGCGGCGCUUCGAGAGGAAAGGCUUCAAGCUGGUGGCACUGAAGCUGGUGCAGGCCUCUGAGGAACUGCUGCGGGAACACUAUGCUGAUCUGCACGAACGCCCCUUCUAUGGUCGCCUGGUUAAAUACAUGAGCUCGGGGCCCGUGGUGGCCAUGGUGUGGCAGGGACUGGACGUGGUGCGCGCUUCGCGGGCCCUUAUUGGGGCCACAGACCCAGUGGACGCCGUGCCUGGCACCAUCCGAGGGGAUUUCUGCGUAGAGGUUGGCAAGAACUUGAUUCAUGGCAGCGACUCUGUGGAGAGUGCCCGCCGCGAGAUUGCGCUCUGGUUCCGUAAGGAGGAGAUCCUAUGCUGGGAGGACAGCACUUCACACUGGCUAUAUGAGUAGUGAGGAGCCGGCCUGGUGGGAGAACACUGCAGCCUGCAGAGCUCCCCUAAGCAGUGGGUGCAGGCCACCCACGACUACUCUGCAGCAGAGCCACCUCCCUGGCCCACAGCAUCUGGACUCACCACACUUGUUUUCAUAAUAUAUUGAUAAAAACCCA